CGAACGUACUACAGCAGCGCGUUUGCGCCGAAACGCAGCAGGGCAAAUCUGCGUCCGCGAGCGGAAUAAACCCGGCGCGCGCCUGGGGAUGAGGAUCGUCGCGCGCGGUCGGCACGGCAGUGGCAGAAUUGCUCUCGGAUCCUAAAGAAACCGCUCGGCUUCCGAAACAGCGGCCAGUGAAAGCCAGAGAGAAGAAAGACCUCCGGUCAGAACGCUGUCAUUGGGGAAGAAUGCAUCUCUUUAGUGCCAUGUUUCUGCUGCUGAUGUUAGCUUCCCUACCGUGCAAGGCCCUGUACCCGAGCCCGGAGGAGGGCUGGCAGAUCUACAGCUCGGCGCAGGACGCGGAUGGGAAGUGCAUCUGCACUGUGGUGGCACCAGCCCAGAACAUGUGUAACCGGGACCCGCGCAGCAGACAGCUCCGCCAACUCAUGGAGAAGGUCCAGAACAUCACCCAGUCCAUGGAGGUGCUGGAUCUGCGGACGUACCGUGACCUGCAGUACGUCAGGGACACGGAGAACCUGAUGAAGACAGUGGACGGCAGACUGAGGAGUGCGUCGGAGAACCCCCGAAGCCUCAACUCCAAGAGCUUUCAGGACCUGAAGGACAAGGUGACUCAGCUGCUCCCCCUGCUGCCCGUGCUGGAGCAGUACAAGGCGGACGCCCAGAUGAUCCUGCGUCUGCGGGAGGAAGUGCGCAACCUGUCACUGGUGCUCAUGGCCAUCCAGGAGGAGAUGGGAGCGUACGACUACGAGGAGCUGCAGCAGAGGGUACUGCUCCUGGAGACGAGGCUGCACUCCUGCAUGCAAAAGCUGGGCUGCGGGAAGCUAACAGGCGUCAGUAACCCAAUCACCGUGCGCGCCUCGGGCUCCAGGUUUGGCUCAUGGAUGACAGACACGAUGAUUCCCAGCUCUGAUAGCAGGGUGUGGUCCAUGGACGGCUACUACAAGGGCCGGCGCGUGCUAGAGUACCGCACGCUGGGCGACUUCGUGAAGGGCCAGAACUUUGUGCAGCACCUGCUGCCGCACCCGUGGGCCGGCACAGGCCACGUGGUCUACAAUGGUUCGCUCUACUACAACAAGUACCAGAGCAACAUCCUGAUCAAGUACCACUUCCGCUCGCGCAGCGUGCAGGUACAGCGCAGCCUAGGCGGCGCCGGCUACAACAACACCUUCCCCUACUCCUGGGGCGGCUCGUCCGACAUCGACCUGAUGGCGGAUGAGAGCGGCCUGUGGGCCGUCUACACCACUAUCCCCAACGCGGGCAACAUCGUCAUCAGCCAGCUGGAGCCGCAGAGCCUAGAGGUGGUGCGCACUUGGGACACAGGCUUCCCCAAGCGCAGCGCCGGCGAGUCCUUCAUGAUAUGCGGCACGCUCUAUGUCACCAACUCACACCUGGCCGGCGCCAAGAUCUACUUCGCCUACCACACCAACACAUCCACGUAUGAGUACACGGAUAUCCCCUUCCAUAACCAGUACUCGCACAUCUCCAUGAUGGACUACAACCCGCGCGAGCGCGUGCUCUACACCUGGAACAACGGGCACCAGGUGCUGUAUAACGUCACCCUGUUCCAGGUCAUCAAGACCGCCGGGGACUGAGGCGUGGCCUGGGGGGGACCCGGGGGGACCCG